CAUUGUCAUGCCCCCAACAACCCACCACAGAAAAGUGACCUCGUUCAUGUCCGUCCAGGAAACACGAUGGGUCGUCAUGAAGACCUUCAAAGAUCGCAUUUGGACUUUGAACAAGCGCACUCUGACCGUAUCCGCAGACGAACGAUUCAAAUUCAACACAUACGCCGUCAAGCAGGGCAUAGCCUGGACAGGAGCGCCCCAUGGCAUCCAAGUCGAAACUGAGGAAGGCAAAUGGCUUAGAGCUGUCGCCAACAACAAAGCGCAGUGGGCCAUGUGGCUUCAAGCGUUCCAAAACCUCAACGCACCGAACGACGUGCCGCAAACACCGGCCAAAGUGAGCUUCUGCGAACAUGUCCGAGUCCGCACGAUUCCCGCGUCCGACGAUGAAGACGACGACAUGUACACCACCAACUCGUCCGAUGAAGACGAUCGAUAGGGCUCCAUGUACAUUGACCCUUUUUGAUGUAACCUAGUGCAGUUCUUAACUAUAACCACGUAUCUAUUUCUAAAUACCAA